CUGGAGUGAGACACAGCCAGUGGUGGGGGUAGCCGGCGGCUCCCAAUCUCGUAGUGGGGGUGACCGCGCAACGCUGUCAGCCAAUCUCGGACUCCCGGGGGCGGAGCCGAGCCAGAUGUCGAGACAGCCGCGAGCUCCCAUUGGUCGGUGAGACCGGUAGGGGGCCGAGACGACAAGUGAGACGCCUCCGCACCGCCCACUCGCCUGCCCUCCGAGCCGGCGGAGCCGCAGACGCGCCGCGGCAAGCAACUGGACAGGCAGCCGGUCCACGAGGAACACACACCGCCGCUGUCGACACAGCCACGUACACCGCGCCCGGCUCGCGACUUUCGCGCGCCGCCGGCUGCAGCUGGCUUCGCAUAGUUUUGUGACAAAGCAGUGCCUUCUCGUUCUUCGUCGCCGUUGCUCUAUACACGACAUACGCGAGUGUGCCAGACUACAACUAGACUUUGUUUACCCUCGUCGUCAAGUGCACCGAGUGAAUAUAUCAUGGCCGACGCCGCCGUGCAUCAGCCGAGCUUUUGUUGCUCCACGUUGACGUAGCAACGACGAGACAGUGAGUUUUGGGACACGCUGGACUGCCAGUAUAAAGCGAUCGUUUUCUGUGCGCGAGAAAAGAGUAACGCAGUUCAGCACACUCGAAACGGAGAGAAACAGUGAGAUGGAAGCGGAGCCAGUGCGUCGACGCGGGACUUGUUUAGCGUCGGUGAGAAAAGCCAUGAAAACGCGGUUGCAGUAGUGAGUCGCACACGUCGUCCGCCGAAAAUGUCAGUCAGCCCGUGGAUAUCGAGCUCGCCGGAGUCGCGUCUGCCGCGGCUCAAGUGUCGGCACGAGGAUCAACCGGACGUGGACGAGAAGUGUAGCCGCGAGGAGAAGCGCAGCCGUCACCUCGAGACGGAGUCGAAGGACAGCGACUGCGAGAGCGACACCAGCGAGGUGCUCAGCGUGGGCAACGAGCCUCCGCCGACGCUCGCGGAUCUCGAGCCCACGAACGACAAGGAGCCGGGGUCCGUCAGGCUCGUCGUCUCGCGGACGCCGUCACCCGCGAGCUCGACCGAGUCGUCCUACAACCAGCCGGGAUACAGUCAGAGGGCGUCCUCGCCCAGUGCCUCGUCGGUGAGGUCACCGGCGUCCUCGAGCAUGACGGCGUCCUCGCCGGGACGGCCGGAAUUCGCCCCGGACGCCAGGUAUCCUCUGGACUACCCUACGAGACUGCAGAGCCACGGUCUGGGUCACAGCGAGCUCUACCCGCACAGGACGCCGAUCAGCGUGCCAGUCGUCACGAGGCUCUCGCUCUCGCCUCCCUCGGCCAUGACGGUCUCGAGCUUGCAGCAGCAGCAGCCGAUUCUGCAUCCGACGGGUCUGCAUCCGCUGUCUCACUUGGCCCACCAGCAGCUACCCGCGACUAUGGUCCACCAGCACAGGCUCUCGGUCAAGAUGAUUCUCCAGCGCGAGGACCACGACUCCUCGCCACUGCAGCAGCAGCAACAGCAGCAGAACAACCACCUGCACCAACAGCAGCUGCUCCUCAACGGCAGAGGAGCCUGUUCCAACAGCACUGCCAACAACAACAACAGCAACGCCAACAACAACAAUAACAACAACAGCCAGCACCAAGCGAGUCUGAAGUUCAGCAUAGACAACAUCCUGAAGGCGGACUUUGGCAGGCGGAUAACGGAUCCGAUCUCGCUGAAGAAGUCCCGGCCGAAGAACAAGCUCGGCGCGUCGCAUCGGCCGAUCGAUCUGAGCAAAGCCGACCUCGCCGAGAGCUCGUCCGAGGGCUCAGAGCGAGGCGGUUCCGAGAGCUCGACGAGGAACGUGUCGCCUAGUCUACCGGCCAGCAGUCCCGCGCCCAACUCCACCAGCUCGACCAGCGGUGGCGAGACGGGCAAGAUGAUGCAGUGGCCGGCUUGGGUCUACUGCACCAGGUACUCCGACAGACCCUCUUCUGGACGAAGUCCACGAACGCGACGACCAAAGCGCACGGCGGACCGGCCACCAGCGGCGACCCCUGAAGAGAAGCGACCACGUACAGCUUUCAGCGCGGAACAGUUGGCAAGGCUUAGGGACGAGUUCACGGAGAACAAGUACCUCACGGAGCAGCGCCGUCAGACCCUGUCGAAAGAGCUGGGACUGAACGAGGCCCAGAUCAAGAUCUGGUUCCAGAACAAGAGGGCCAAGAUCAAGAAGGCCAGCGGCCAGAAGAACCCGCUGGCCCUCCAGCUCAUGGCACAGGGUCUCUACAACCACUCGACGGUGCCGCUGUCCAAGGAGGAGAUGGAACAGGCCGCCGAACUCCAGGCCAAGUGAACGGCUAAACCAAAAAAAAGGGAGAAACGCGUGCGCGUCAAUUUUCUCAGAGAGACUCGUGUGCGCGUGUUGAGAAAUUUUAAAAUUGCGCGAGACAGUUCCUGAUGUAUAACGUUUAACGCUCGAAACUGCAUUUCACGAUCGCGCGGACGUCUUAGGAUUCGUUAUUUUAGUCUGAUUGUGUGUGCGCGCGCGUGUGUGUGUGUGCGUGUGUUUGUUGGAUGUAUACGAGUCAGUCGCUGUAUAGAGGUGUUUUUAGGUAUUAUUUAUGAUUUUGAAGGACGACGCGAGAAACGAGUGAUAUACAUAUAUAUGUUGAUUCGGAUAAAUUAUGUAUACUAGGCUUGCGAUUCCUUCGUUCGAGAUAUGUUACCUCAGACUUCAAAAGUUAUUGUGUAAAAAAUUUUCACGAGUUGUAUCGAUAUUAUACAUAUAUAUUAUAUUGUAUUAUGUAUACCAGUGCCAUUUUUUCAUUAUCUUGCUGUAUAAAGAACCAUCUCACGAUUGUUAAGGACAAUUUACAUUGCUUGUGUGUAUUGAUAUGAGAUGAAGGUUUCGUAAUCUCUCGUUAGUAGAAAUCUGUUCUCUUACUUCGAUCCGUAUACAAACAAUGUAUGGAUGCAUAUUAGCUAUUGUACAAAAUUUGUUUUUGAUCGCGUCCACGCGAGAGCUGUAAGUGUAUAAUGAUAUAAUAAUUUGGUGAUGUCAGAAAAUGAUUCCUCCAUCUCUUGGUGACUGAUUUUUUCAGACAUGCUACGAGACAAUAGAGCGAAAAAUAGGCAAUUAACAAUAUCAAAACCUGCAAUAACAAUGUAACACCAUACUUGGUACUACUCUUUUUCAAACGCCAGCAUAAUAUAUUACGCAGAUCUUCGCGUCAACAAGAUGAACGGGGAUGUUUUCUGUGACAGAACUGAAUUUCAUCGCAUAUAACAAUAACAAAAAGUGCGAGAAAGAGAGCGCGAUUUUGUUUCGCGCGCGACGUGUGUAGAAAUUCCGUUAUGUAUCGUAAUUUAUUGUAAAAUAAUGUAAAAUAAAAAAAUUAAAGAGCAGCAAACUCCGAGAUAGCGACGAUGUAUAAUUGCGAUGUGCAAUAGAAACCUUAUAAAUAUUAAUUAUAUAGCAAAGUACCUAAAUGGAGGCCGGUCCAUAAAGCCGACUAUAUAAUAUACGAGCUCGACGACGACGACGAAUAUCGACGAUUCUUACAUUAUAUAAGAUUAUCGAAAAAAAUUACCUGUACAUAAAAAACACACGCCGCGAUACUGUGCGCGGUGUCAUUGCUUAUAGACUGUUCGAGAUAAUUUAGUUAUUUAUUUACCGAAUAUACAUAAAAUAAACAAGAGAUACAAGAGAGGAGACGAGACGUACUCGCGUAUUAAAGAAAAAGAUUACACGUUCGCUCGGAAACUCGUGCGUGUAAAGUAAGAUUAUUUAAAAAGUGAUUAAAUAUUCCCAAUAUGAAACUGA